AUGGUCAACACGACGGGCAGCGAUGACGUCAAGCACGCGGCUAAGGUCAGGGCAGAUGAGGCCACGGAGGAGGAGGGGGCCGAGGCGCUGGGGAAGCCCCUUACUCUGAAGGGCCAGCCCAGAGUGACUCGCGAUGGCUUCAGCCUGGUGGCCGUGACCAUGGAGGCCAUAACGGUCAACCCCCGCGACACCAUCAAGGAGGGCAUCAUCUAA